AUGUCCAGAGUGGAGGCUUUUAGGGACACAAACCUUCGCUCUCUGCUGAAGGAGUUGCGUACUGAUAUUGCAAUGGCUGUAGAUGACCCUUUUCCUCUUGUCUUUGGUUUGGCGGACAAAAACAUCAUCACUGACCAACUGCUCAAGGACACUCUGGAGAAGGAGAGCAGAGAAGGAAUCCACAAGGCCAUGUACACCCUCCUGUCCUGGGUCUUGGAGCAGAGCAGAUCCAUUGUCCAGACCUUCUGGAGCAACUUGACCAAAGACUACAACCUGGACAGCUACCCCAAGUUGCAGACACUGCUCACUAACCUGCAUACUAAAAGGGAUGCUGCAGGUCUCCGAAGUGAGAAGAAAUCCUCCAGAGAUCACAAAACACCUCACAGCAAGAAGAGGAGCCACGAGGAUAGAGGGACUAACUCCAGUGAUCAACUUUCACAGUAUCAUGCCAAGACAAGCGAUGAACCAGGGGGUAAAGUGAAGCUGUACAGAGUGAAGAGUGAAGCUCCAGCCCUGCAGUUACCAUCUGGAAAUAGUAAUUACCAAUUGAGUCAAAAUUCUGCCUCAGGUGUGACGGCGUCCUCCUCAGUCCAGAGAGGAGUCACCCUGUCCUCCUCCAGUGAGCCACCAGUCAGCCAUGAGUCCAGAGAGAAGAUCCAUAUCAAGCAAAUGUUUGGCUCAGACGGUGAUGCGAGAAAGUCCAUUAAAGUUGGAGGGGAGUUUUACUCAUGUGGUACAUCAGAAGAUAUGACGGGAGCAUCCAAAGCUGCUAAGACCACAUAUCACCACAGGGGGGAGACAAACACAGAGGUUCAUUAUAAUGACGACGAGUGUACGUUGUGUAAGGAUGGAGGGGAGUUGAUAUGUUGUGAUGGUUGUCCUCGAGCUUAUCAUCUGACCUGCCUGGACCCCCCACUCAUAUGUAUACCAAGUGGCUCUUGGCAGUGUGAGUGGUGCCGUUGCAACAUAGUGAAAAAAGAGAAAGCCCAACAACCUUUACAACCACUCGUUCCUCAGCCUCAGCAGACAAACACGAGCUCCAGUAACUCCACCAUAGAUGUCUCCUUCUUCUCCUCACUGUCGUCCUCCUCUCUCACCAAUGGCAGAAACCAGUGCUCAGGUGGAGAGCCGGUCAGUGUGAGGGAGGUGUGUGCUGUUUGUCACCUCAGGGGAGGAGACCUGACACACUGCCUGCAGUGUUUGAAGCACUACCAUGUACACUGCAACUUUUCCAAAGGGAGAUCCAUCUGCUGGUCCUGCUCCAGGCCCUGGGGAAGCUCUGCAGAGAAGGAGCCUGAAUCCAGAAGUUUGCAGCUCGCCCCGGUGGAACAAAAUACACAGAGUCCUGAACAGAGCUCCUCUGUCACUGAGACCGUCCUCCACAAAGAUGACCUGGACUCCAUCCUGGGAGACCAGGGCUCCAUCGAUGGCAUCUUGCAGUGGGCCUUUCACAACAUCUCUUGCCCUCUUCCAGACUCUCAAGGAUGCUACCAGUGA